UACAAUUCCUAGAGGUUAACUAGGUGUAUCACAGUUCCAUCUUUUGUUCAAUUAUUUAUUCCCUGUUGCCUGUGGUGAAAUGGUAUCACCAAAUAACUAGGUACGGCUUUCUUAUGAUCCAGAUCUCUUUCAACUGCCACCGUCUACCAUGAGGAACACCUGUUGAGCCUCCCCAAAGGGGGCCCGUAACGAAAUGAAUAAAUACCUCACACCAAGUUGCUACGCUAUUCGUCAGCGCAACUGUUGCUAUGUAUCUGGCCAUACGGCAGCGAUGGUAAGCAAGCAAUAAAGCCUGAGAAUCGAUAUUAGAAUCGGAUUCGCGGCACCGAAGACGGCGGCUAGUGGCCGACUGUGAAUUUGCUAAUUGGUAUCAAUAAUUAAAAUAAGUAACACUCACUUUUCCGAAUAACUUAACGCACAGCAGCAGAGAUGGCCAGACAACUGAAAGCAAAGCUACCGGACACCACAUCAACCGAGGUGGACGAAGUCGAAGAUGGAAACGAAGAAGAUGACUUAUUGGUAUUAAAAGACGUCACCGUCAAGUUCCGCGUGCUUAAAUCUCAAAUAGUAACCCAUGCGUAUCCGAACAUUUACACUAUCGAGGAGGUUAAAAAAGACAUUUCGAAGAAAUUCCAAAUUCCAACCAAAUUUCUGAUACUCAGAGAAAACAGUAGCGAGAAAACUUUGGAAGACGGCCUGAGGUUGUUCGACGUCUGUGACAACGACUACGGCAUCGUGGACAUGGAUCUUGAGUUGGCCGACAGUGCGCGGGAGGAAAAUAUCCGUCUGGAACCGCAAGUCUACUACAACAAUUACAGUCUACCGGAUAUAAUUACGGUGCAUAUACCGGCUGAUGGUACCGGGCCGGAAGGAAGGGCAAGCCGUGACCUUGUGGUUGAAAUCGAAAAUCAAGCCAUCAUCAAGCCAUUCGUCGGCGGUUAUGUAGAUAAAAUCACAAAAACCGAAUAUCACGACGCCUUCACACAAACUGGACCACCUUUGGAAAGAAUCAAAUUUGACGGCAUACUGAGCCGUGAUACCCAAACCGUUGAAGAAAAAGCCAUCGAAAUAGACACACCACGUGAUCAGGCCACGGUCAACUACGGAGACGCCACCGAGCAUUCCUAUGCAUCCCGGUACACUGACCGCGUCAUCGUUGCACGAAAAUACGAAAGCUAUGACGAAAUGACCAAGCGCAUCGAUCUCGUAGGAAAAGUAACGCUUAUCCAGCGUAAUUUCCGGCGUUACAUGUGGCAGAAGCUAAUAAAAGAAAGCGCAGCAGAAUGGAGACGGCUUCAGAAGGAGCAGAAACGCCGUGAGAGCAAACGCACCAAAGCCCGCCAAGAUGAGUACCGGAAGGAGUGCAUAGUUAAAACCUUUCCAAAAACAAAGCAAGACUUUGACGCACUCUAUGCUCAGGUGCAGAUGUGGAAAGAAAACGAAUUAAAACAGAUUUGUGAGAAAUACUCAGGUGCCCCUAAAAUCGCCGAAAUGAACAUGCUGCUCGACAAAGAAGUCCAGCUACUAAACGGAAUCGAGCGGCAGCGACAGAUACUGCAAGAAGAAGCGAAGAAAGUGCGCAACGAACAAAUUUUGAAAAAGCUCGGCGACCCUGUGAAGUGGGUCGGCUAUAACAGCUUGAUUAUUCAAAUGGAUACGUUGAAGAAUCAGCGAGCGCGGUAUUUGACAAACUACUAUCGAAAGUUGGCGGACGAAACGCAGGGGACCCACGAGCGGAUUACGCUGCUUAAUCGCCUCUCCGAUGUCAUCGCCAAAGUGGUGCACCCCGCGGUGGACGAGCUGGAAACAUUGCUGAAUCGGGAGAGACAAUUACUCCUGUGUAACGUGAGAGAAGCAGGACUAGACUUGCUUCGGAAGCGUCAGUUGCCACUUUUAAUGGACAUUAUUUCAACGGACACAAUCGAAGAUAGCGAUAAGAAAAAACUCAACACACGCCUCUGUAAGAAAUGCAACCGGGUACGGCCAACCACCAAGUUCCCCUUGGAUACGCGUCAGACAUCAGCAAGCAUCUGCGAGCGAUGUAUCGACCUUCAAGGGCCAGCCGUUGACAUAGCGAUCUAUCGUUCAAUACUCCGAUCGAUACGGCGAGAUGAGAAAAAACGUGGAGCGCUUUCUUCAUUUGCAUUCAUUAUUCAGGACAACGAUAUCAAGCAUAUUGUGGAAAACAUCUGGCACGGUCAUUCGGCCAUUUCCAACGCCACCAACCGAGCUGAACUGCGACUGCCUCGGUGGGAUAUCGCAAAUGACUGGGCACCGUGGAAUUGCAUAUGCCUAACGGAAGGUGAAGCACGAUCGCACUUGAAGAUAGUUAAUCUGGAGCUUUACUAUGAGAGAAGUAUCAUACAGAGCAUCAGAAACAAGCAUGCGUUAUCGAAAUCAGCCUUCAAGCAACUGCGAGAAAUCGACCAAGUGUUUGUUGAAUCUGGAACCUGGUGGCAAGUAGGAUUGGAUGGAAGUAAUAUACCUAAUUAAAAUUUAUACAAAGAAGACCAAUUGGUGAGGGUGUAAU